UGGACAAUACCCCGAGGACUACUGCUUGCUGUACUCUAUUAUAGUCUAUAUGCGAGAUUACGGGUCACGCCAAGAACGCCAGACCGAUCCAGCAUGGUUGAGUUGCACGCAUGUGCAAACGGGUGGUGUUGUCGUGGCCGCGAGCUCGCCGCCGCAGAGAGAGGAGGGAGGGCAGGAAGGGUACUGCUGUAGUAGCACACGCACAAAUUGAGCAGCAGUAGGACACAAUCAUGGAAGGAGCGAGUGGCGGCGCCGGAGCUCCGGCGGCUGGCUUGUCUACUACGGUAGUGCCCGUUACGGAAGAGCAAACAUUCCCCAGCCGCAAGGCGCUUAAGGUGGCGGUAGCAGCUGAGCUUGCCGCCCAAGGGCGAGCCAUGAAGAAUGGAAGCGGUGCUGGCAGCCGACAGAUCCACCUUGUGUGCAAGACUUGCACAAGUUGGUCCGUGAAGGGUUGCCAACAGAGGAACGGCGACUUCAAGAUCACGAAGGUAGAGAGCUCCCACGUCGACUGCCGUGGGGGCGGGCGCACUAGCUCCGCAGUGAUGCAGCCCCUGGUGGACCAACUUGUACGUGCCAACCCCAAGAUCGGCGGUCCCGCCAUCAAGCGAACCCUCGAAACCGUGGGCUUCGCCGUCUCCGAUCGUACGUCCCAGGAGAGCCAAGAAGCGCAUCGCUACCUCUACGAGGGAGGAUGAAGCGGCUGCCAUUGCGCGUAUUCCAUCAUUUUUCGAAGGGAUCGAGCGCGAUAGCCCGGGUUCCGUUGCCACGGUCGAGAUGAGCCGCGACAAGCGGUUCGUGAGAAGCUUCCUGAUGCUGGGCAACGCCGCCUUCGUCGCCGCCCACAGCGUCCCCA